GCUCGAAUGUGUGGACGCUUUUAGGCGCUUUGCCUUCCGCUUGUGAUUCGGGCCCAAAAUUUAAGUGCAUAGUUGCAACUGGUGAAGAACAAGUGCAGGAAAUUAAGACAAAAGUAGAUAUGUCAAACGAUAAGAAGCAUCAACAACAUCUGCAUCACCAUCAUCACCUGAGUGCAGUACAUCAUGAACAUUUGGGCAGAGUAUCGCCGCACCAUCAUCAUUUGCUCGAUUCCAACUGCGGCAAUACUGUCGUUCCCAUCCCGGACCACCACCAUGGAAUCGAUCUUGUCACGACUUUGCGUAGUGAACUUGCGGCUUUGUCGUACAAACGAGACCGACUGUCGAAUGAUCUCGGAGACGCACGGGCUGCCUUGGCCGCCCGCGAAUCGGAAUGCGAAAAUCUACGCGCACAAGCCGCCCGACAAUCGGCUCUCAUAAGCAGCCUGCAAAGUCGCUUGCAGACCGCUGAGAAUCGCGAGCAAUCGAUACAGUCACGCUGCGACUCCACCAUACAGACCAUACAACGCGAGAAGCAUUCCUCCGAUGAGCGCAGCAAGGAGUUGCAGUGCAAAAUUCAACACCUCGAAAACCAUCUGGCCGCUGAGGAACAGCAGAAAGAGCAAGCGCGUACCCAACUCAACGAUUUACUGCGACGCCUUGCCACUUGCCUGGGCGUGGAUUUGUGUGAGAAUGCACAUCUGACACCCGAAUGUGUGCUGAAUCGCGCGGAAGAGGUGAUGACAGAGCUGCAACGCACCAAGGCUAAGGCGAGCUCCACAUGCGACACGCUGAGCAGCUGCGAGAACGAGCUUAUGAAUUUGAAAUCGCUAGCCAACAUAGAGAAGCAGCGUUUGAGCGCCCAACUCGAAGGUAUGACCAACCACAACCACGAGCUGGAAGGACGCUGUCGGCAGUACGAACGCGAUUUGCAACUACAACGCGAUCGGGUGACUGAGACAGAGAUAAGUGGCGAGAAGUUGAAAGAGGAACUGCGGGGCUUCGAGUCGCGUUGCCAUCGCUUGCAGAACAAUCUGGACCGCACGCAAAGCGAACGCCUGCAAUUCCUGCGUUGUCUGGCCAAUCAGCUCAAUGUGCCGGAACCGUGUGAAACAUUGAUCAAGGAGAAAGUUCGUGAAAUAUUGACUGAUAAUCAAGCGAUGCAUGUGCAAGUACAUUCAUUGCGCGAUCAGCUGAAUUCGGAACAAUCGAAGUUGAAGGAAACCCAAGAGACCACACAGUGUCGCCUGCGAACCGAAGAAGCUCAAAAGUGCCAGCUAGAAGAGCGUCUAGAAAAGUGUCAAGCGGAGAUCCACACGCUGCGCAACGAUCAUCUGGGCCUCUCAGAGUAUCUGCAACGGCUGGCGAGAGCGCUAAAUUGGGCGGAAUGCACUUCACCGCCCGCACUCGGCACCGACACCAACAUUCUGGCGGAGUCUCUGUUGGAGCGUGCCGAGCGAAUAGCGGCACACCAUGAUCAUCAUGGACAUGAGCACGACAUUGGGCAUCGUCAUAUGCAUCACUCGCGAUACGAGCAUUCGCCGGAUAAGGGCUGUUGCGACCAUCACGCGCAUGGACAUGGCAAGCUAAGGCGCGAGCGUUCAUGUCACGACAUACCAUUGAAGGAGAGCAGUAGCCUAUACACAUUACAGCGGCGCGUUCGCAUAUUGCGUGAGCAGGUGCAGCGCCGUGAUCUGCAUCUGGAGCUGCUGCGGCGUAAACUGGCGAUCAUCGAAGAAGGUGCCAGGGGCAAGUGUGUGCUUCAGGGCGAGCGUGACGAGGCGGUGUGUCGCUCCAAGAAGGCCAGCAAGCAGAUCGAUAAGCUCACGGCCCAGCUGGUGGAUGCGCGUUCACAAAUAGCCGAAGUCAAAGCGCAAUUGGCGGAGGCUGUAGAGUACAAGAUCACCGCCCUGGAGCGUGCGCGCAAGAUAGAUGAGCUGACUGGUCAAAUUUGCGAUCUGGAAGAAGAGAAGACACGCUUAUUGGCACAAUACAACGCUAUUAAGGAUCGCUUAAAGUCUACGAGUGAAUCCUCCCAAAAUAGACGUUGCCGCGAUGAGGCGCUCAUCAAUUCUCUCCGCGAAGACAUUGCACGCUUACAAACCCAACUCUCCGAUGCCAAUCAUCGCCUAUCCCACCUUCAGUCGUUCCGUACUUCGGUCGCCCGGACACUCCACCUACGCGAUUUGCCCGAAUCAGAUCUGCUGCAUCGCUUGCAGGCGCUCUGCUCAGCUCAUCAGGAAUUUACGCUGCUCUCUAAGCGCUACGAGACUGCAUCACCUGUGGGUGAUCAUCCCUGUCCACGAUUCGAUGAUCCCAUACCACCAACGUCGCACUGUCGCCCGCCCAACGAGAUGGAACACAUCAGUGCAAGUGUUUAUGAGGAACAUACGAGAUCGUCGCAUGGGCAUGCGCACCAUCACAGCACGGCCGAGCAUCACCAGCACCGACAUCGCAGCAAGAGCCGCGGUGGUGGUGGUGGCGGUGGCGGUGGCGCUGCGGGACGUUGCGCUGACCGCACAGCAAUGGAAGAGGGCGAACGUUUUGUUGCUGGCUGUGGGGAGCGUCGCAGUGCGGGUGGUGGUGGUGGGACUGGUGUGGGGAGCAAGCGGAUGCACGAUAAAUGCUUCGAUACCGAUGUGCAUCGACAUCAUUGCACCAAAGACGAUUUUCUAAAUGGCGGCUACGAUGACUUUGAUUUUAAGUGAACUUAUUGAGAAAUUUUGCGUAGAUCUCGAACUAAAUUUUUACGAACAAAAUUCGCAACUUUUAUACUCCUAACGAAC